AUGUGGUUGACGGUUUUCGGGAGUGUCUUGGUGCUGACGGUGGUUGGUGUUCAAAAUGCACACGGUGUUCAAUGCUACAGCUGCUUCUCGAGCUCCAACCACGACGACUGUGCUAUACCUGACCAGCACGAGAUCUCCCUGGUCAAAUGCGACAUGAAAGAACUGAAACAAACCCAAGAAUUCGCCAGUCAUAUAGACACGAGCUACAACAAACUGUUCGAGGUCGACAGCAUCGAAUCGCAGCCUGGAAGGAUGGGACUAGCCUGUCUGAAGAUGAUCACCAAACAUGGCAACAAACACUACGUUCUGCGAGGUUGUCAACUGGCUGAAAAAGGGAACCUUGAUAUCUGCAGGAAAGUCCAGGAAACGAAUAAUGAAAUAGUGAAAACUGUGCAUUGUUCUAAAUGCACCACAGAAGGCUGCAACACAUCCCCAAAAUAUGAGUCCAAUACGAUUAUAACUCUCCUUUUUGCAGUAUGUUCAAAAAUAUUACAUAAAACUUUACUUUAA